AUGGUGGACGAGACCACAGAGCUCAUGGACGAGCGCAUCGCGCAGCACAUCGUGGCCCUGCACAGGAACCCAGGGUCUGUGACGCAUGCUGUGCCGUUCAGCACCGAGUCCAUGCAGCGCUACAUCAAGUACGCGCGCGCCAUCAAGCCCAUCAUCACGGAGCAGGCCCAGGCCGCCCUGGUGCGGUCAUACAAGCGGCUGCGGUCGGAGGACGCCGUGCCGGGCAGCCAGAGCGCCUACCGCAUCACGGUGCGCCAGCUGGAGGCGCUGGUGCGGUUGAGCGAGGCCAUGGCGCGCGUCUACUGCUGCGAGUCGGUCGAGGUCGCGCACGUCGCAGAGGCCACCAAGCUGCUGCAGGCGUCCAUCCUCAAGAUUGAGCAGGGCGACCUAGAGCUCGACGGCCUGGCAGGGGCACCCAUAGACGAGACCGACCGACGCCAACCGUCACCGACCGUAACCCGCUAG